UAGAGACAGAAAUCUGUAUAGCGGAUACAUAGCAGGGAGGCAUAGAACAACACUGUGUCGGCCAUAACCUACCUGAGAGAUGCACUGUAAUAUAGGAUUUUAUCCAGAGGGGUGUGUUUUUGUACACAUACCCAAACCAAAGAUGGCGGCGGCAGAUUUCUACAGGCUAUCACGUGGUUAGUGCCAAUGUCAGGGUGGCACGUCACGUACCACGGGAGUCCCGCCCCUUGGGAUCACGUGACAGUGACAGAGAGGAGGCCCGGGGCAGCCACAGAACAUCCAGGACGCCCUGGGACUCCCUUUUGAUUUGGCCAUGAGUGUGCAGGCAUUCAGAUUGGUGUGUGCAUCAGGGAAGGAUCACCUUCCCCCAGGAAUACAGAUUGAGUGCUUAGAGUGUUGUGGACAUGAUCUGUACAUAGGCACCAGCGACAGCUGUAUUCAUCACCUCCUGCUAGUGGAAGAAAAUGGCACCGAGACGCCUGGUCUACCGUUAGUCCAGCAUUCAGAUCAUCCUAAUACUAGUUUCACAACCACACGGCAAAGGCAAAGACAGCUGGGUUUGAAAAAGCCAAUAUGUGAAUUGAGAGCCGCCUCUGCUUUGGGCCGGUUACUAGUACUGUGUGAUAAUACUAUUACAUUACUGUGUAGUGAGUUACUUGAACCAGUACCAGGAAUCAAGAUCCGGGGGGCACUCAGCUUCACCCUCAAUGAAAAUCCAGUAAGUGGGGAUCCCUUCAGUGUGGAAGUCUGCAUAAUCUCCUCCAAGCGACGCACAGUGCAGAUCUUCAGUGUGGGGCAGGAGAAGGUGCACCUGGUUCGGGAAGUUGCCACACCGGAGCAGCCCUGUGCGCUAGCAGCAGAUGGACAUUAUCUGUGUCUGGCACUCAGCAGCCGUUAUGUCACCCUUAACUAUACUACAGGACAUUGCCAGGAUCUUUUCCCGUAUCCCAGUGAGCAAAAGCGACCGAUUAUAAAGAGGAUCAGCAGACAGGAGUUUCUAUUGGCUGGACCUGGGGGUUUAGGGAUGUUUGCCACAGUAGCUGGGAUCUCCCAGCAUGCCCCAGUGCGUUGGUCGGAGAAUGUCAUUGGAGCUGCAGUAUCUUUCCCCUACGUGUUGGCAUUGGAUGAGGAGUUCAUCACGGUGCACAGCAUGCUGGACCAGCAACAGAAACAGAGUCUGCCCUUCAAGGAGGGCAUCAUCCUGCAGGAUUUUGAAGGGAGGGUGAUCGUAGCCACUGGUAAUGCAGUGUAUGUUUUAAUUUCCUUGCCUUUGGAAAAACAGAUACAGGACCUUCUAUCAAACCAGAGGGUAGAAGAAGCUCUUGUGCUGGCCAAGGGCGCUAGACGCAAUAUUCCAAAGGAGAAAUUUCAGGUUAUGUAUAGAAGAAUCCUGCAACAGGCUGGAUUUAUAGAAUUCGCUCAGCUUCAGUUUUUAGAAGCAAAAGAAUUAUUUAAAACAAGUAAACUAGAUAUCCGGGAACUCGUCUCUCUCUACCCUCUCCUGCUGCCAUCGUCCUCUGCUUUUAUCCGGGCACACCCUCCCCUGCACGAAUAUGCUGAUCUCAACCAGCUGACCCGUGGAGACCAGGAGAAAGUUGCCAAGUGCAAACGUUUCCUCAUGACCUAUUUAAGUGAAAUUCGCUGCACAGAGGUGGCAAACGGUUACCAGGAAGAUAUAGAUACAGCCUUGCUGAAGCUGUAUGCAGAAGCAGAUCAUGAAAGCCUGCUGGAUCUGUUGGUCUCGAACAAUGCAUGUGCAAUGGCAGACAGUGCAGCCUGGCUGGAGAAGCACAAAAAGUAUUAUGCUCUUGGUCUGCUGUAUCACUACAACAAGCAAGAUGCAACUGCUGUACAGACCUGGGUAAGAAUUGUGAAUGGUGAACUGGAAGACAAAACACGGGCAGACCUGUUUGAGUAUGUAGUGGACUUCCUGACUUUCUCCGAUGACCAGCAGCUGGUGUGGCAUUAUGCAGACUGGGUUUUGCAGAAAAGUGAGCAGAUUGGGGUUCAGAUUUUUACCAAGCGAACUUCAGAAGAACACCUCCAAAAUGGCUUCUGUCCAGAUGAGAUUGUCGGUUAUCUCUGCAAGUACCGAAAGGCUUUACUUUCCUACCUGGAACAUUUAGUAAUGGAAAAGAGAAUACAGAAGGAAAAGUACCAUACCCACCUGGCUGUGCUGUACCUGGAAGAGAUCCUACACCUCAAAUCGGUGAACCCUACAGACCAGACUGAGCUGGAAGAUCUACGUCAGAAAUUUCAGAGUUUGCUGCAACAGUCAGAUCUGUACGGAGUCCUACUGCUCAUAGAUAAAAUCAAAGACACAGAUCUGCACAUGGAGCGAGCAAUCUUACAUGGGAAGCUGGAAGAGCACGAGCAGGCCUUGGAAAUCUUAGUUCAUCGUUUGAAAGACUUUGCUGCGGCUGAGAGUUAUUGUGUGUGGAACUCCCAGGGCAGAGAUGCCCAUUAUCGCAAGAGACUCUUCCAGCUCCUUCUCUCCUCCUACCUCACGCCAUCCACGCCUGACAGUGCGCUGACUGUGGCCGCAGUGGACUUGUUAAAUAACCACCCUAUGGAAUUUGAUGCAUCAAGUGUUUUACACCUGUUGCCAGAAAGCUGGUCGGUGCAGCUUCUUUCUCCAUUCUUGGCUGGGGCCAUGAGGGAGCAUGUUCAUGCUUUAAGGAUUUCCCAGAUGGCACUAGGUUUGGCAAGGGCAGAGAAUAUAAUAUACAAGAAUGAGAAGUUGAAUAUGAGGGAAAAGCCAGUAGUGCUCUCAGAAAAGAAACUAUGCCAUGCGUGCCGGAAGCCAUUCCAAGAACCAGCCUUUGUCAGACACUCCAGUGGCCACAUUGUCCAUACCCACUGUGCUGCAAAACAGCAUGUCAACAGCAGCAUCGACAGUCAUGUGCCGAACUCGAGCAAACGAACUUGAAAAAAACACAGCCAGAGAUGCCUGUAUUAACAUCUGUCUUUAAAAUGUCCAAGGAUAAGGAUUGGGAAGCUCUUGUGCGGUGUGAUGCGAAGACAGUACACUUCUUAGCAGAUGUGUUUGCUCAGAAGUGAUCUGACUGUGCAGAACUUCUCAGGCAAUGAUAAAGUAAUGAAGAAUACAGUCCCUUAAACGAUGAUGAACAUCUUCUUAACUAUCAGAUAAAACUUAAUAGUUUGAAUGGAGCUUUUUUUUGCAUUUUUUAAAGAUAUUUGCACUGAAAAUAUUUUGCAUAUACUGUGAUGGGGCAAUAUAAAGGAUACAUGUACACAAUGGACUUAUUCAUGUUUCAGAAAAAUAUUAGUGAUAAACAAACAUGGCUGCAGUCAUCGCGAUAGUAUGUGAUCUGUUGGCAUAGUCAAUUGUGGAUAUUUCAUGUAUUGUACAUUAUACCACUAAACUCCCAAGUGAUGAAACCAUGAUCUUGCAGAGCAUUCCAGUCAUGUUAUAGGGGGCUGGGGAAUGAAUUGUGUAUUAGAUGGUUAUUUUGUAAGGCCAAGAAGUCUUUCAAAUACAUGUCAUAUCACCUCUUUUCUUAUCACCCAUCAGAGCUGUAAUCAAGUCAACAUUUUAAAGGCUAUUUCAGUAUAAGAUGAUUUAAUAUCAUUGGUGGGAUUCCCUUUUAUACACUGCUUUCUCACUGUUUCUGUAUUCUGCUACAUUUAAACUGCAUAAAAUAACUUGGCGGGCACCAAGUCUUGUUGCCUCUAGUAUACCAUUUAUUGCCGAAAUCCAUUAUGUGACAUUAUCUAGAAAUUAAAGAUGUAACAAAGUGUUAGUUAUCAAGUACCUUAAAGGCUUUGCGGAGCAAUAGGUCCAAAGGGUUUACCAUUAAAAACCAAAUAUACAAAUAUCCACUACGCACAUCAUCCUUACUAAAUAAUUUCCAUCAUUUUCCUUAUAUACAGCCACUACAAUUAAGAUAUUGUUUCUCCUGAAUAUUUAGAGUAAUAGUAGUUUCAUAUACUGAUGUAUUGUAAAUGUUUUACAUCUAAUAAAAGUGGGAUCUCUGUCCAGAACCGGUAAGGAAAA